AUGAAGUUCGCCUCCUUCGCCUUGACCCUGCUUCUCACUGGAGCUUUUGCAGCCCCAAACCCUGCCCAAAAGCUUGAGGCACGCAUGAAUUGUGCUCAAUGUAUUGCAGUCUAUAGUGCCUCCUCCUGCACUGCCCCUGGAGCCGUCGAGAACGGAUGUGGCAGUCUGGCCAAGAAUCUGGCUUCUGCAGCUAAAGGACCACCUUUGCGAAAUGGUACAGCUUUAAGGCCAUUAAAUGGAUAG